GGGCAGGGUCUUCUGGUCACAUGAGUCUUGUCCUGAUUGCAGGAUGAUACUGUGGUCUUGAAAACAUCUACAAUCAACUGAUAUGUAAUGGUAUGAGUCCUCCUGUUAGGGCACCACUAAACUAUUACACCGACAGUCACUGAAUCUUAGAUCUCAAUGUUUUUGCUUCCCUAUGAUGGAAGCGACAGAGCUCCUACGAGCCCUAGAAUAACUGGGAGAAGAAGGUGAACAACAUUUUAUGAUAAUUUUUAGCCUGUCCAUCCAGAAUUGAAAACUCGGAAUCACACUGGAGAGCGAGAGAAAAAAAAGACAAUUCCCCAUCGAAAUGCUCUAGACAAUGUCAACGUUCAUCUCCAAUCACAACGAUGUAUGCACAUCUUGUCAUGAACUACGUAUUUCAAUUUAGAAGGCUGAGUCCGUUUCCCUUCAGUGAAGGCGUAGUACACGUCGUACCAAAACCCGUCUUCUGCUACCCAACCGCCUCUCAGACUCUCUCGGGCGGUCAUCUCCUCCCAACUCAGAACUCCCGGAACCCAAAACCCUCCUCCUCCCCUUCCGGCUUCCGCGCACGGCCGCGCCGCGCCGCAGAAGAUGUCGCUCCCAAAGCCGCUCUCCGCGCGCCGUCUCGUACCGGCGCUCUACCCGCUCGCGCACGCGGACGCCGCCUCGGCCGCGGCCUCCCGCCGCGAGCGCCUCCGGGACGCGUUCGUCGCGACGCCCCCCGCCCCUAAGCCCUCCCCGAGCGCCGUGCGCCUCGCGGAGCCGCUCCCCACGCUGGCCCCGUCCCGCCUCGCGCUCCACAACCGGAUCCUCGCGCUCCUGUCGGGCCCCCAGGCUGACCUACCCGAGGCGGCGCUCCUCACCCGCCACGCGCUCCACUCCAACUGCCGCCCCUCCUCCUUCACCUGCACCGCCGUCCUGGCCGCGCUCCUCCGCGCGCGCCGCCUCGACGACUUCUUCGCGCUGCACCGGUUCGCGCUCCAGGCCGCCGUCCCACCCACCGCCGCCACGCACGCGCUCUACCUCUCCGCACUCGCCGCGCGCCGCCUCCCCGACGACGCGGUUCACCACCUCCGUCUCCUCGCGCGCCCCGGGUCACCCGUGCCGCCUUCCCCCACGGCCUACCGCGUCGUCAUCGAGUGCCUCGUAGCCGACCACGGCCGCCUCGCGGAUGCCGUCGAGCUCAAGGAUGAGAUGCUCAACUCUGGGUUCGUCGGCCCGGACCCUAAGGUCUACAGCCUCCUCAUGGCCGGUUUCGUGGAUGCUGGGGAUGGGUCCAAAGCUGUGGAGCUGUACCAAGAACAGAAAGACAAGCUUGGGGGCGAGCCGGUUCUUGAUGGCAUUGUGUACGGGAGCCUCAUGAAGGCGUACUUCCUUAUGGGAAUGGAGGAGAAGGCGAUGGAGUGUUACAAUGAGGUGCUCGGUGCAGAAUCGGAGGUGAGGUUUGGGGCCGAGAGCUACAAUGAGGUGGUUGAUGCGCUUGGGCAGAAUGGGAGGUUGGACGAUGCACUCAAGCUGUUCGACAGAAUGCUCGGAGAGCAUGACCCUCCACUGAGGAUUGCGGUUGACGUGAGAAGCUGCAGUGUGAUGGUCGAUGCUUAUUGUGCUGCUGGGAGGUUUGAGGAUGCGAUUGCGGUGUUUAGAAGGAUGGGGGAAUGGAAGCUGGUGCAGGAUGUAGCGGUGUAUAAUAAUCUGAUACGGCAUCUGGGGCUUAACCGGUUGAUAGGUGAGGUGGAGGUGCUCUACAAUGAGAUGUGCGAGUGUGGCGUUGGUGCGGACGAGGAGACAUGUAUACUGCUCAUGGAAGCAUGCUUCAAUGUUGGUCGCAUCGAUGAUGGUAUUUGUUACUUUGACAAAAUGGCUGAAUUGGAGUUGAAGCCAGAUGCAGCUGCAUAUCAUAAGAUUGUUGAUGGCCUGGUCGGUUUCAGUAUGCUUGACAAGGCAUAUGAGUACUUUGAUCAGAUGAAGGAUAAGGGAGUCAGCCCAAGCAUCUCAAGCUAUGAGACACUGCUGAAGGCCUAUGUUGGUGCUGGUCGGUUGGACGAUGCAGCCAAGGUUGCAAAAGGUAUUAUUUUGGACGAGAAGGUGGUGUUCAGCGAUGAAGUGAGGGAGCUCCUGGAAGGGGCACUGCGUGGAGAUGGCAGGGAAGAUGACAUUGCCAAGCUAUAUGAGGGCGUGGAGAGGGAAAAGGCAGAAGCAGCCGCUCGGGCCGAGGAAGAGAAGGCAAGGGCAGAGGCUCUUGCCAAGGAAGAGAGGGAGAGAAAGAGGGCAGAGGCUGCGGCUAAGGACGCUGCCGCAGCUAGAGCUAGUGCUGCUGCCAUUGAAGCUAUUCUGAGCCAUAAAAGGAAGAUGGAGAACGGAGGUGCUGUGCCUGCACCUGAUGCAAACACUCUGGAUGGUGGCUUUCUCAGUAAGCUAGGCAUUAGAUCAGCUGGAGAAGGCGCACUUCAAGGCACUCCACUAAUUGCAGAAACAAAAGAAGUAGAUGGGAACGGACAACUGUGAUGGCCACGAGAAAUCAUGUCCAGGAUUUGUUCGUGACACUUGGUUAUAAGUUAUAGCUUGUCAUUUUGUAUCAUUUUAACAGCAUUGAUCAGUAAUUUCUGAGAUGCCAAAGACUCAUCUUUUGGUAAAACUAGUACGAUGCUCGUAUGUUGUAACGGGUCUUAAAUCUAGCAUCAUUACACUA